UACUCAUAAGACACAAAUGUAUUUUAAAAUUAAUAUAUAGAAGGUGAUUGCCUAGCAUAAUCCAUUUUCUCUUCCAAUAGUAGCAGAAACCUUCCUUAAUUCCAGGUAGAAAUGCAUCCAACUGGAAGAUCACAUUUCUCAGCCUUCCCUGUAUCUAGGGAGCAGGGGUGCGGGGGACUGAGCUCUUAACAGAAAAUCUUGGGUGAAGCUUGUUAAGAAGCUACUUUCCCCCUUUUCUUCUUCCUGCAUGUUUCUGUCUGGAUCCUGACUGUCAUGGCUGGAGCGCCAGAAGGACAGAGCACAGUUUCCUGGUGGCUUUGGAAAGCUGCCACACAGGCUCUAGCUGCCCGCUGCUCAACUUCUAGACACGUGGGUUUUAGAGCUGGACUGGGAAAUGAACAGGCAGCAUUUCUAAGGAGGCUUCGGAACAUCUUGGCAUAUUACAGAAGACGUAGGUUGCCAGUUGCAAUUGCUAAAUAUCCAGAAGCCGAGGAACUUCCCACCUGUUGCGCUCUUGCCAAGAGUGCUGGCCCUGGAUCACGUGUUGCCUCGCAGACAGCGUCCCCAGUGGGAGGGCGCACUGGAGUGGGAGCAGACGGUGCGUCCACUAUGUCCAGUCUUUCGUUCUUCCAGAUGCAUGUGACUCAUGAGCCAAGUUCCAGCCACAAUCAGCUGUUGGACAACACAAGCUUGAACUGCAUGGGUCCACUUAUAAGCGGAUUUUCUUCUUUCUCUGCCACCCCUGAGACAGCAAGACGUUGGUGUCCUCCACCUUCUCCCCCUCCUCCUCCUCCUCAGUGUGCUCAAUGUGGAGACAGAGGAUGAAGAUCUUUAUGGCAAUCCACUUCAUGAAUACAGUAAUAAUAUCUACUUAACCAGUCUCUGCUUAUUAGUAUUCAGCCUUUUUCAUUACCCUUUUGUGAUUACCAACGAUGCUCCAGUGAACAACCUUGAACACGUCUCUUUGCACACACGUCAUAACUGCUCUUUGCAGUGAAUGAGAGAAAAGCAAAAGAUGACCGUAGAGAUGUGAGGUGUUUCCUUCCUGGAAAGCUACUGCUGAGGACGGGAGCAGUUUCUAGAAAUGAGUGAGACAAGGUAGGAGCAGCAGGCCCUUCAAUAAUGUAAGCCCUAAACUCAUUACAAUUGUCAUUAUUAACUGUAAACUCACAGGGCCCGCGUACAUAGGAUAUAGUGUGUAGAUCACGAGUGAAAACGUGUUCGAAAUUUGGAAGUUAAAAUGUCCAAUGCAUGCAUGACCCUCCACAGAAAUGGGCAUAAAAGAGUUUUGUCUCUGGGGCAGUUUCGCAGUGCUCUCUAGGAAGUGGCAAUGUCUUUGUCUCCUAAUAUAAGAACUGUUUUCAGCCUUUAGCUCAAUCAGUGAGUUUUCUUCCUGACAAAAUUGGUGGAAUAUGAUCUAUUGCCUCACAGGAACACUGAAUAAUACAGCAGAAAAGACAGAGGAAAUGUCUUCUCAGUUCAUAAGCGGAGAGAGAAACAAAAGCACAGCCCCAUGGCAGAAAGGAAGGGAAAAAGCCUUUCCUAGCGAUAGGUUGAAUAUUUGAUUGGAAGAAGGAGCAGAACAUAAGGGCUAAGAAUUAUGUGCCAAUUGAGAAGAAAAUAACAACAACAGUCAUUAAA